GCUGUCUAGUCCUCGCGAGGCUUCGUUCUCGCGGAGGUGGCGGCGGGCGGCCGGUGGGGAUGCGCUCGGAAGAAGGGACCGGAGGCCCGGGCGCAGCCCUUUCUGCGCGGGGCCCGAGCUGGAGGGAGAAAGUGUCGGGCACGGAGACUCACUUCCGCCGCGAGUCGCCGCGGAAUGAAUCGGCGGCGCCGCCGGCUCCGUCCUUAAGUGACAGCGGAGCCGGCAAGCCUCGCGAGGAGAAGAGGACGGCCCUGAGCAAGGUGGUCCUCCGGCGUCUGCCCCCGGGCCUCACCAAAGAGCAGCUGGAAGAGCAACUGCGCCCCCUGCCCGCGCACGAUUACUUCGAGGUGGUGGCUGCGGACCUCAGCCUCUACCCUCACCUGUACUCCAGAGCGUACAUUAAUUUUAGGAACCCUGAUGACAUCCUGCUGUUCCGAGACCGUUUUGAUGGAUAUAUCUUCAUUGGCAAUAAAGGCCUGGAGUACCCUGCAGUGGUAGAGUUUGCUCCAUUCCAGAAGAUUGCCAAAAAGAAGCUGAAGAAAAAAGAUACCAAGACCGGAAGCAUUGAAGAUGAUCCUGAAUAUAAACAGUUUCUGGAAUCAUACAGCUUGGAGGAAGAGAAGACCAGCACUAGUCCCGAGACACUGCUGGGAGAGAUAGAAGCAAAGACAAGAGAGCUCCUCGCCAGAAGAACCACACCUCUUUUGGAAUAUAUUAAAAAUAGAAAGUUAGAAAAGCAGAGACUCCGGGAAGAAAAACGCGAGGAGCGAAGGAGGAGGGAGCUCGAAAAGAAGCGACUGCGGGAAGAAGAGAAAAGGAAGAGGAGAGAAGAGGACAGGUAUAAGAGGAAGGAGGCGGAGAAGCAGAAGAGAGCGGAGAAGGACGUGAGGAUCAAGCUUCUUAAGAAACUAGAAACGGGAGAAGAAACGACCACAGAGAAACCCAAAGAAAGAGGUGAGGCUGUUGGUGCUGGAGAUGAGAAGCCAGAAGCCCGGCCGGUAGAGAGCCAGCCGGAGAUGCCUGUGGAGAGGUUCCAGGAUGGCAGUGAUAAAGAGCAAAGGGACAAAAGAUUUCGAGAGAAAGAACCUGAAACUUCAAGAUGCCAUCCAGACAGUUGCAGAAAGCACAGCGUUCACUCAGAGUUUGCCAGGUUUUCCAGAAGAAACGAAGACGAGUCAAAGUGGGGGAAAGGCUUCUCCCAGGACAGAGGGAAGAAAGGCCAGGAUGGCAGUGUCCCCAUGGACAUGGCGGAGAGAAGUAGCAAGGAGCACAAGGAGUAUGACAGCCUGGGGUCAAGAAAGGAUCGUCCAGGAAACAAGGCCCCGUAGACCAUGGGCCGUCUUCCCUGAUGUACGUGGAUACCCAGCGUGCUCUGCAGCUUCACAGCCACGCUCCCCAAGUAGAAAUCCUUAUUAGACUGACAAGAACAACUGCCUGGUGUUCGUAGGUCCAGGGUUGUACUCUGUGUGAGCUCACAUGCCCAUGUGGGCUGAAUUGCAAAGUUCAUAUCUUCUAGAGUAUUCUUGCUCAUCUGGGAUGCACUGAACUUGAAACUAAAUUCAGAAUAAAACAUUCCAUCAUCUUUUAAA